UCCGUCACUGUACUACGUGGCAUCCCAACCCAAAUAAAAUUUCUGCCCCUUCCAUUCUCUGUUCUUCUGUUCUUAUACUUUCCCUUCAUUUUUUUUUCAUCUCCCCUGUUUACACUACUGUGUAUAUCUCAUAAUAUUUUUGGGGGGUUACAAGAGAAGCGAAGCUAAAAUACCCCUCUUAUUCUGGUUUAACUUUUAUUUUUUUCAAGAUUUUUGCAGCAAUGGUAGCAGAUGCACUGAAUCAAGUUGAGGGAGCUCGGCAAGGUGCCUCAUCCAUGAUUAGCUCAAAGUUGGAAACUGUGGCUACUCAGGGAAAGGUCCCACCUUGUCUUGCCAAUGAAAAUGUGCUAAAGGUUAGGAAGCCUUAUACUAUUACAAAACAGAGAGAGAAAUGGACAGAGGAAGAACACCAGAGAUUUCUUGAAGCCUUGAAGCUGUAUGGCCGUGCUUGGCGCCAAAUAGAAGAAUAUGUUGGAAGCAAAACUGCAAUUCAGAUUCGUAGUCAUGCGCAGAAGUUUUUUGCCAAGGUUGCUCGAGAUUCAGGGAAUGAUGGUGAUGAAUCCCUUAAUGCAAUUGACAUACCUCCUCCUCGGCCGAAGAAGAAACCUAUGCGUCCAUACCCUCGCAAGAUGGCUGAUUCUCCUGCAGCUAACAAGGCAGUUUCAGGUCAGCCUGAAAGGUCUCCUUCUCCAGAUGUAUCAGGAAGGGACAGUCGUUCUCCAGAUUCAGUUUUGUCAGCAAGUGGUUUAGGUGUUUGUGAAUAUCCAGUUGCUGAGCAGCAGAACUCUCACUUUUCACCAGUCUCUUGUACUACGGAUGCACACACUGCAAAUAUAAUUUCUGCAGAGAAUGAUGAUGAAAGUAUGAGCUCAAACUCCAACACCUCCAACACCUUGGAGGAAAUCCAUGUUGCAUUAAAGCCAGUAGCUGCUAGUACCAGCCUGAUUACCAAUUCUGACAUGGAAUGUGAUAUUGUUCUUAGGGAGAAUUCGUGUAAUGGUGAAAAACUACCUGUUGAAGCGCCUUCAGCAAGUAUCAAGCUGUUCGGACAGACAGUUUUCGUACCAGGUGCCAAUAACCUUGAUCUGCAAGCUCCAUACAACUGCAACUCAUUUCCAUCUAAAGCCACAGAAAAGGAAGUCACAAUCAGCAAUGAAGAUUUACUUCAUGGAUUCCAAGCUAACCAAGCGAAUUCACCGUUUAUACUUGCCAUGGUUCCAGGCAAUAUGAUUCCACCAGCUUCUUGGUUGUCACAAAACAUGCUUGAAAACAAUCCUGAGAGUACUGCAACCUUCCCUACUACAAUUUCUUGGUGGUCCUGGUACCAAGAUCUUGUGUAUCGAUCUAUCUCAUCGUGUGGCCAAACAGCCGUGGAGACUGCGACUGCUGUUCAUUGUCAGGGACCAAAAGAUGAAGAACCUCAAAGAGAGGGAUCAUCGACUAGUUCAAGCCUUGGCUCAGCUAGUGUAGUUGACGAUGGAAACAGAAGUUCUGAUACAGUUGAGUCCAAAUGUGCAACCAAGAGCGACAUAUGGAGCAGAAGUAAGGGAUUUGUACCAUACAAAAUAUGUUUAACAGAGAGGGAUGACAAGUCAUCUGGAGCUGUUUUAGAAGAGAGAGAAUCACAGAGUGUCCGAGUGUGUUCAUAGCAAUUUUUGGUACAGCUUCCUCUGUUAGUCUGAAGUUCUAGUGAUCUGCACAGCGUUUCUGUUUUAUUAACCAACGGCUGUUUAGGAGUCUUAGGUCCAAGACACUGUCAACUUUUUAACGUUGUCGACAUUCUUUUGGUUUCCCACCAUAUUUUUCAGCUGGACAUGAAACUGAGUUUGCAGCCAAAAGACACGCAGCUGCAAUAUUUCUUAUUAACUGAUCGUGUAGCAGUUGUUCUGUAUACCACUUUGUAACCCUCUUCACAGUGUUUUAACUCUAAUGUUAUCUAAAAUACAACCUGUUAUCUCUUGUUUCGUUUUUGA